GUAAUCAAAUUAAUGUCUCCUCUGAUUACACACCAAUUCGGGAUAUCGUUUCGUAUAAAAAGGCUGGGCUUGGGAAUGGAUUUUCGUAGUCUGGUACAGUGGUGGUGUAAAUACAGUUUGUUCGAUUCUCGUUUUCUUAAAAGUGUUUUGAAAUACUAAACAUAAUCAACAUGCAACGUACAAUGAAAAAAAUGGGAAUUUGCCUUGUGCAAAUGCAUAUUACGAAGAACAAGGAUGUUAACAUUACAAACGCAGUCACCCUCAUCCGACGUGCAGUUAAGAAAUACGAUCCAAGAAUAGUUGUACUACCCGAAUACUUCAACUACUUCUUUGAUAAAAUGACUGUGGAUGAUAAUGCUGAGUAUAUUCCAACUGGAGAGACCUAUACUGCUUUGAUGAAUGUUGCCCGUGAAAUGAGAAUCUACUUGGUUGGCGGUUCGAUUAUCGAACGCGAUGACAAGAACAAGAACCUUUUGUACAACACCUGCAUGGUGUUCAGUCCAACCGGUGACAUGAUUGCCAAACAUCGUAAAAUCCACUUAACCGACAUGGAAAUGGAUUACGAUUUCAAACUUAGAGAAACCGAUGUUCUUAAACGUGGCCAUUCAUUGACUAUGUUUGACGUGGAUGGCAUGAAAGUCGGCUUGGGAAUCGGGUACGAUAUGUGCUUCACUGAACUAGCAACAUUGUAUCGCAAAAAUGGCUGCGACAUGCUCAUUUAUCCAGUUGUUUAUCCAGCUCGUUUGGGACUUAUGCAAUGGGAUCAUCUUAACCGUGCCAGAGCCAUUGACAAUCAAAUGUUCGUUGUUGGAGUUUCACCAGCUAGAGACACGACGAAAGAAUUCACUUGCUUCGGUCACUCGAUGGUCGUAGAUGGACAUGGUCGUAUCUUAGUUCGUGGUAGUGAUACUGAAGACAUUCUAUACGCUGAAUGCGAUUUAUUGGACAUGGACAAGUAUCGUGAUCAAAUCAAACUUUUCGGACAUAAACGCACCGAUAUCUAUGACACACUCGUCAAAUAUUGAUUGGAUCUGAACUAAAAAAGUUAAUUUGAAUAAACUGCCGUAAAAACUUCU